ACCGCUGCCACUACCGCCGCGUCUAUUAUUUUUUCUCCUGUCGCCGCCGCCGCAACAGCGUUCGAUUAUAUUUUACUCGUCCGUCUUCUCGACUAAGUCGCCGCCGUCAUUAUUAUUUGGUCGAGUCUAUCUCCACAGUCGUCGUAGCCAUCGUCGUCGUCGUUCUCACCGUCCGUGAGAUUGUAUAUUUAUUUUAUUUUCGUUUAAUUUUUUCCCCGACCGAUCGUAGUCUUCGUCGUUGUUGUUUUCCUGCACCAUACAAUAAUAAUAUUAUUAUCGCAUUCAAUCGCUGUAUUAUUUUCACGUCAUGCAGGACUUGCAUCGCCUUCUCCGCCGUCGUCGCCAUCGUCAUCGUCGUCCGCAAACCUCCACGGCAGUCUAAUCAUUUAUUGGGAUAGCUAUACUCUACACAGUGUUGUUAAAGUUUACGUUUAAGUUCAUUCAGUUGUUAUUGUUUCGUGAACAUCACACUAUACCUACCAGUCACUACUUGGCCAUGCGGUACAUUACGACCGUGAUGAAUCGUGUUAUUUUGGCGUCGUUCUUCUUAGCCAGCGUUGCGAGAUGUUACAAUUACGAUGAGGUGUUGCGGUUGUCACUCAUGUUCUACGAAGCGCAGAGGUCGGGUCACCUGCCUGCCAACAACCGCAUCCCGUGGCGAUCCGAUUCUGCGACCUCAGACAAAGGACAGAAUGGCGAAGAUUUAUCCGGAGGAUAUUAUGAUGCCGGUGAUUUUGUGAAAUUCGGUUUCACUAUGGCCAGCACGACGACUAUUUUAGCAUGGGGAUACUUGAGUUAUAAAGACGCAUACGAGGAAGUUAACGAAUGGGAAAACGCAUUAGGCUCGAUUCGUUGGGCCGCGGAGUACUUUAUCAAGUGUCACGUUAGCGACUACGAGUUCUACGGGCAGGUGGGAGACUUUAGCCUGGACCAAGGUUUUUGGGGUCGACCAGAAGACAUGAAUAUGUCUAGGCCAUCAUACAAAAUCGACAAAAACCGACCAGGUUCCGAUUUGGCCGGCGAGACGUCUGCCGCUCUUUCUGCUGUAUCUAUAGUGUUUACCAAAAUCGAUGCCAAUUUUUCCGCCAGUUGCUUAAGUCACGCUAAACAACUGUACUUGUUCGCUACUCAGUAUAGAGGGCUGUACCACGACGCCAUCAAAGGAGCGGCGCAAUAUUACGAAUCAACAGAUUACGGCGAUGAAUUAACAUGGGCCGCGGCAUGGCUGUAUAAAGCUACAAAGGAGUCACAGUAUUUGGAAGACGCUGAAUACAUGUACAUGAAGUACAGACUAAAAGAACGGCCGAACGAAUUUUAUUAUAACAAAAAAGUCGCAGGCGUACAGGCUCUUCUAGCUGAACUAACUAAUCAAUCCGAGUACACCGAAGCAAUUCAAAAUUUUUGCGACUACAAUUUAUACGUUCAGAAGAAAACGCCUAAAGGACUGUUGUACAUCGAAAAAUCUGGUACAUUGUGUCACGCUGCGAACAUCGUGUUUUUAUGCUUGCAGGCUGCCGAUAUCGGUAUAAUGUCAACGCAAUACCGAGAAUUUGCAAAAGAACAAAUCCACUACAUACUGGGAGAUGGAGGACAAAGCUUCGUUGUAGGAUUCGGUAAAAACUACCCAUUACAACCACAUCACGCAGCAAGCUCGUGUAUGGACCGUCCGGCUCCGUGCGACUGGGAAGCUUAUCGGAGCACCAAGCCCAAUCCGCAAGUGCUGUACGGCGCGUUGGUCAGCGGACCCGACGAGAACGACAACUACAAGGAUCUGCGGGAGGAGUACAUCUACAACGAGGUGACGUUGGAUUACAACGCGGGCUUUCAGUCAGCCGUCGCCGGGCUCAAACACCUGGAACUGCAGGCCGACCGGAACAAGGCCCUUCUGAACACCGAUAACGGUGUGCUGUUCAACGGAAAUUGGACCGAACCGUCUGCCGCAGCAUCCAACUCGACGGACGCGUGAUUUUCCCAGAUCAUACACCGCCUGAUCACCUCAUUUCAUUUCUGUUUCUUAAAAUCAAAAUAAAAAUAAAAAAUGUAUAUGUUUUCUUUGAACCGGAGACGAUGAACCCGCAGACCGCGAAACAGAUCACCGCCUAGCGUCAUCAUGACAUCCAAAAUAUUAUUAUUAUUGACGACGGUGACGAGUCGCAUAAUAUACACGCGUAGGUAUGUGGUACAUACAGGGGGAGGAGCGAUAAUAAAUAUUCAAUUUACAAACUCUCUCUCUCUUUUUUGAGGACUAAAUUAAAGAGAGGAUUUACGGCAUUUGUUUGUUUACAAAGAUUAUUUCUUUUUCUUUUUUUACUAACUGUUUGAGACCAAACUGAAAAUUUCUUACAUUUUUGAAAUUCAAAAUUUUGUUAAAUAAUAACACGAUAAUAAAAUCGUGUGGUACUAAAAGGGCCAUAUGGAAAAUACGAGAAAUAAAAAUAGUAUUCUACUGUACUUACAUUAAUACCGAUAUCGAACUCGAUUUUUCUCAAAUUGUUUGAUUAGAACUAUUCGAAUAUCUUAACGUUAUGAAUGUUCGAAAACCUAUCUCUAAUUAUAAAAAUAUUGUCGGUUGUAUUUGGUCAAAAGUUAUUAGGUUUUAUUAAAAGCCUAUGGUUUUAUAUCAUAAAAGUUUAUAUAAAUAUUGUAUCCUCGGUCGGAGUGGAUACCUGCCACAGCCGCACGUAGAACGCAGCGCCGACGCCAACGUUUUGGAAAUUUCUAUAUUUUUGUGGUAGGUAUCGAUGACUCGUGUACCACGACGUCACCAAUGUAUAAUAAUAUAUUAUAGUAUUUUGGCUGAUAGAUUGACACGCUGGUGUGUAUUACGUUUCGCAUAAUAGAUUUCGUGGAACUAUACUGCCCGGACUCAAUGUUCUGAUACAUUUAGGCACUUACAUAGCUGUGGGUGCAUUUUGUGUUGUAAGCGAGAGAGUAUAUUUUUCGUCCCAACUCAGUGAUAUAUUGUUAUUAUCAUUCAAGUCUUCGGUGAUAUAAAAACAUGUCAGAUAAUUUUUAUUUUAUGUUAUUUAUUUAUGUGUUGUAGUAAAACUUAGACUAUUACGAAAUAUAUUAUAUUAUAUAUAUUUAAUUUAAACUAAA